AUUAGUGCUUUUAUCUCUUAGACGUCAUCAUAAUAAAUUAAUCUUCUUCGAUAUUUCCACGUAACAGCCUGUCUACCAUAUUUUAAUCAUUGAAAAUGAGCAAACCAAAAACUCACAUCAACAGUUUGCCGCCUUUAAUUCUAGCAAAAGUUGUUCAAUAUCUGGAUCAUAAAACUUUGAAAAAUGCGACAUUGACUUGCAAAAUGUGGAACCAUUUAACAGUAUCUGAAGGUCAUUGGCCCUUAGAACUGGGCUACGAUAUGAAGGGUAAACUUUUGUGCAAGAAUUCUAAAGAUUCAAGCAAUAAACUUAAGUUUAUUAUGGACACAAAGCGUAAAUUUGGAUCAAUUCGCAUGUAUGGUAAUUUCGGCGUUAAAAACCGAAUGCGCGUAAUAUUCCAAAAACACGGGUGCAAUGUUGCCGAGCUGAGUUGUUGCAUUGGACAGGUUCAGAGCAUCUUUGAAUUUUCAAAUCUAUUGAAGCUCGCUCCGAAUUUGCGGUACGUCUAUAUGUCAGUGCUCAACGCUCUAAAGGAUAAUGUGCCACUGAAUUACGUUUUUCCGGACCUGAAAGAAUUGAAAACCCUGAAGAUUCAUACUUGUGAUCAACAGAUCAUUAAAUGCUUUCAAACAGCAAAACUCACCACACUGAUAUUUAACGAAAAGAGAAGUCCGAAAUAUAGUCUCCCAAUGGUCGAAUUCCUUUCAUCUCAGGAUAUGUUGACGUCAUUAAUCAUUACUUACAGCUGCAGGAUGCUGGCUGAUAUGAGAAGAUUGAAUGCUGCGAUUCCAUUUCGGCUGAAAAAAUUAGCGAUUUCGGGCACGUAUGGUAUAACUUCAAAAGCGGGCCACAGAGACUUAUUGGAAUUUCUCACAACACAGUCGCAAACUUUAGAACAAUUUGAAAUAGGACAUGAUGUUCCCCGUUAUGUUUUUGAGUUAUGUUUUUCCAGCAUGGAAAAUUUGAACAGUUUGAGUCUGAUAGCCGAUGAGAUACCUCAGGACGACAACUUUUGCGAACAAUUGAUAGUGAAUGAGAGCGUUAUUAAGCUAGACUUCAAAGAUUUUACGCUGCUCGAUGGUGAACGCUUCGGAAAAUUUCUCGAAAAGCUUCCGAACGUUCGCACACUUUCAACUUUAGAAGCUACAAAUACGUUGGCAGUGGCACAGAAUAUGAAAAAAUUGGAAUCGCUGUACAUUUGGAUCGUUGAUACAGCCGGUUCAUUCGAUUCUGUUCAAUUCACCAAUCUCAAAACGCUCCACAUCAAAACUUUGUCUUGCAGAAUCAAUUGGAACAGACUCACUCAGAUCAAUUCUAGUUUGACCGAAUUAACCAUAGCGACAAUAAAGAACCCGUUGAAUUUCACCAGUGACGAUAUCAAUGAUAUUACGACCAACGUUCAACUGGAGAUCUUGAGGCUUGGUACCGGUUUUUGGGCGGACGAUCGAUUCUUCGAUAUUAUUCGGGUAAAGGGUGGAAACUUGAAGGUCUUGCAGUUGAUAAAGUCUUGCAUUUUUCACGACCUGACAUCAAAUGAAGAAGUCAAAGUUCUUCAAUUGUGCGAUGAGAUCAAAUGUUCUAAUUACAUACAUAUGAUGAAGAUGUGAUGGAUAAGGUUGUGACUCUAAUUCGAGCUCUAAUUUCUAAUUGAAUUGUAAACGGCGUAAUGUGUUCAAUAAUAAUCAAUGUAAAGCGCAAGAUCGGCGUGUGAUCUCACUUACCUUUUUUGCUUAUUGACGAAAUAAAUUUUAUUUAAGAAAAA